UCUAGAAAAAGCGGGAAUCGGAAAGCUAGAACUGUCAGAAAAUAUUUCGUAUGGUUUUGCAGCUGGUUAUUGAACAAAUUAAACGAAUCUUCAAAAGUCAAGAAAAAAAUUAAUUGAUAUCAUCAUCAUGCAUUUGUGUAUUAAAAAGAAAGAUACAAUGGUUAAUUCAAGUCCUGAAUUACACUUGAUGCCUUGUAAAAUUCAUAGUAAUGAUUCUGCCAAUGUCAACACAUAUUUCAAGCCACAUAUCAAAAGUAUUGAUGAUAAAUAUUUACAAUCAACUUUCAGAGGUUAUCCUCUUUAUGGAACAAAGAUUGAGGUACCAAAACAAUAUACAGGAGUAACAUUUUACGGACAUAAUAAGCCAGAGAUAGACAAAAUGGAGCAGAAUAUGUACGCAACUGCAACCUUUACAAAGUUUACUUAUUGGAACUAUGAUAAGAUGCCUACAAAAAAUGAUACUCUUAUAUCAGCAUUAGAUUGGAUUGACAUAGCAGAAGCUCUACAUUCAACAGAAGAAAAAAUUGUAGCAUAAACCAAUGUUUAAACAUCACUUUGAUAAACAGAUAUACUGUAUAUAAUUUUAUAUUGCAGAAUAAAACAAUUUAUAUUAUAUUUAAUAAUCUAGUUUCAAUAAAAGUUUAAAUUUAUAUAAAAAUCGU